AAAACAGUUAGGUACUUACAUGAUAUCCGGUCUUGAGGUAUUUAUGCGACAAGUUCGAUUCACCAAAUAAAACGUUUUUAAAAAUGAAACCAAAAGUGUUUGUGAUUCUAAGCAUAAUUUGCAGAUUUGCAGCUGCUGGUUCGGGAGUAUAUUUACUUGUAGACCCAGUAGACCAUAGCGAAUGUCCCACAUGGGACUGGAGAAACAAUUUAUUGUACUUUGUGAACAUUCACGCAGGUGAAAUCUACAGAUACCACUACGACACUGAAGAAGCAGAAGUCAUAAAACUGAACGGUGAAGUCGCACCUGUGAUUCCCUCAAAAAGCGACCCAAAUCUUCUAAUUGCUGGCCUAAACCGAUCAGUUGUCGCUGUCGAAUGGAACCAAACUUCGUCAAGUGAUACCAGAAUUUUGACAACUCUCUCUAGCCAAUUCCCGACCAGUCGAGUCAACGAUGGUAAGGCUGACAAACAAGGACGGUUAUGGAUUGGUACCAUGGGCCAUGAAGAUUCAAGUGGACUGACUCCCAAUCAAGGAGUUCUGUACCAAGUGACUUGUCCUACUCUCAAUUCGCCACUUGUCGAAAUCGCCCCAGUGAACAUAAGCAACGGAAUGGCGUGGAAUAAAGCCAACGAUAAGUUGUAUUACAUUGACACUCCAACGAGACAAGUGGUAGAAUACGCUUAUGAUGACCAAAGCGGCACAAUAAGCAACAAACGAGUUGCUUUCGACAUGAGGAACUACUCGGAUCGACUUGCUGGAAAUCCCGAUGGGAUGACAAUCGAUGAAGACGACAACUUGUGGGUGGCUUUGUAUGGAGGUGGAGCUGUUAUUAAGGUUAAUCCAACCACUGGACAGCUUUUACAAAUUGUGGCGAUACCGGCGGAAGAUGUUACGUCAGUUAUGUGGGGAGGACCGAAUCUGGAUGUUUUGUUUGUGACUACUUCGAGGUACAGUCUCAGUGAAGAGGACAGGAAGAAGCAACCAGCUGCUGGUGCUGUGUUUGGAGUUGUUGGGUUGUACACUAGAGGGAUGCGCAUGAAUGCGGUUGAUCUUUUGGAAUCUAUUGAUGAUCAGAGCUGUGGAUCUACAAGGAGCUGAGGAAUUUUGAAUCCGGGACAUUUGAAUUUUUGAACAAUUCUCACAAGUGUAAAAAGGUUGUUAAAAAAGUUGUAACAUUUUUUGUAAAUAUGCUAAAAUCAAAUCUUUCAAUUGUACUAUUUUUUAUUUAACUGCAUAUCUGGUCGCAUGACACAUUUCUGAUAGAAACAGAUGUACCUAACUCUAACAACGUUGUAACAACAUUAAAAAAAAAAGAAAAAUAGAAUGUGA